GUCCCAUAGCAGGCUAAUUAGGCUCAAAGCCGGCGAGCAAAUUUCCCUUUUGCUCGCACAUCACAGUGCCCAGUGCUCCGGCCCGUAAAUGCCCGCCAAUCUCGCGUACACUACUACUGCGGUACGCUUGUGUACCUUACUGUGGUACGGGGUAGUAUACUGGCGAGGGGAUUUGCACAGUGAUUAUUCGGAUGCGCGGUGGCUCGAUGGCCGCUGCCUGUUUGCUGUCACGGAUCUACGACCGAUCAUCGACGGGAUCCGCCGUCCAACUCCCGGCACCCCGGCCAAGGUGCCCCUCUGGACACAACAGCGCAUUCCUUCCCCGGCCCUCCCAGCAUUCCUGCCAGUUCCCAGUUCGUCCCGUGAUGCCACACCGCUGCCCGCGAUGCUGGUGAGGAAGUUCUGGUGAUAACAUCUCGGGCUCAGUGCUCAGAUGCUCGGACGAGGCGGAACGGGCCCGGAUCAAGACUUGCAGUCUGCCACAGCGACGCAGCGCAUCCGCAUCCGCAUCCACCGCAUCCCAGCGCAGGAAAACUUCCGAGCCGGAACAGCAUGGUCGGCGGCAGACAAGUGCUGCUCUCCAUCGCAGUGCUCUCCGGUCUUGGUUUCGAACACGUCCUCGGAGAUCGAGUUAGACGUCAAGAUGGGCCCAUCAAUUUCCUUCAGCACGCCCCGGGCGGCGCCAGCUCCAGCGCGCCGAGCCAAGCAGAGGUAGCACCUCCGUCCCAGUCGCCAGCAACGGUCGCAAGCGUUGCUGCCGACUCGGGCGCUUCGACAUCAAGCCCUGCGCAUGGAGAGGCUCAGACUGCCAGCUCGAGCGCCCCCGACACGACAGUCCUUGUUGAUGUAGUCAUCGCCACGUCAACCGGGGGCGUAUACGUCGAUCCGGGGGCGUUUGGUGCGGGCGGGCAGCUUACUACAGACACAAAUGCCCCGACUCGAACAAACAAGCCGACGAGAACCUCCAUCGCCCCCGGUUCCGGGGCGAAUCGGGGUCCGCCCCCAGCAGACCCGGUAUCAUCCGUCGCGCCUGGGGUGCCGGGCCCGGAAGACAGCGGAUUUGUGUAUGGCGCAGUGACAACGACCGCCCAAGCGACGGCGACCACCCCCGCCACUACGGCCACCACGGCCGCCCAAGCGGUGCAUACGCCGCCGCGGGGCGGUCCCCCCCAGGGGCCACCUAACCGUUCCACCAUCACGUUCACGAAGGACACAACCGACAGCACCGAGCUGGGCUAUGUCCAGGUCACAUCCACGCCGACGACCUUCUUGACGUCCACGACCUAUGGAAACCAGACAAUCACCGUCAGCCCUUCUGUCUCCGUCAGCUACUGCACGGACUCGGCCGUUGCCACCACGUUCUGGUCCGUUGUUUACACGUCCACCGUCACCUGGUACGGGAAUCCCACCGAUUACAAGCCGCCGUACCCCCCCAUUACGAUUCCAGCACCAAGCGCGUCAUGCAUCGUCCCCGUGGAUCCGCCGAGGUUCACCAUAUCGAUCUGCGCGUCAACCGGAACGGACAGCAAGUACCGGACGUGCGAUGCAGCCACCACAACCAUGAGCUUCAACUUCGGAAUCCAGACCGCCAGCGUGCCGCCGGUCGUGUUCCUCACCACGGACAAGAACCCGGCCGUGGUGUACUCGACCAUCAACACGCCCAACUACGGCGUCAGCCAGGACCCUAAAACCCGCGACAACCACAUGAGCCCUUCGGGCCCCGGCGCCGCCAUCUCCACAGCCGCCUACAACUCGCAAAAUGCGGCCCAGGGCGUCACCGACUCGGCCCACACCCCCCCGCCGACUCCCGUCACCGUCGUGGUUCAACCCUCUGGGGUGGUCAUCAACGGCAACACCAUCACCGACAACCCGGCGCAGCAAACCCAGGUCGUCAUCGUCGCCGGCCAGACCUUCACCAUCGACCCGACCCGCGUCGUCGGCGCCGGCGCCACCAUCGACCGCCCCUCGGCAACCGGAGGGCCGUACGUGCCGGUGCCAACCAGCACCGACUUCGGCAGCGUGCCCGUCGUCGUCAGCUCCUCGGUCGCCGUCAUCGGCGGCUCGUCCUUCACGCUCGGGCCCACGCCCACCACGGCCAUCGUAUCGGGGCAGACCUUCACAAUCGGCGCGAGCACCAUCGCCGCCGCCGGCCGGACCCUCCCGCUGCCCACCAGCCCUUCCCCCACCGAGGUGGUCGUCGCCGGCGGCGACCUGAUCACCGCCAUCGGCAGCUCCGUCGUCGUCAUCCACGGCACCACCCUCACCUACCAGCUCACCGGGCCGGCCACCACGCUCACCGUCGACGGCGACGCCAUCACCCUCGGCCCGGGCGGCAUCACGGCCGCGCACGGCGGCGUCACCCUGGGCGGGCCGCACGCCGCCUCGCCGCACGACACCGAGUACGCGCUCGUCGGCGGCGCCACCAUCACCAAGGUCGGCGCCUCCGUCGUCGUCAUCCAAAACGUCACCUACACCGUCGGCCCGGGAACCGGCACCACCACCACCGUCGUCGGCGGCGAGUCCGUCACCAUCGCCCCCUCCGGCGUCCAGGUCGGCUCCACCCUCUCCCUCGGCUACCCGUUCGGCGCCACCACCGUCAUCACCCCCGGCGCGGGGGCCGGCGGCGCUGCAGGGCCAACGGCCACGGGCGCUGCUGCCGCGCAAGCCGGCGAUGCGGAGGAGGAUGGCGGGCUGGGGUUGGCGAGGCCUUGGCUUGUGGGCGUUGUGUGGGCUGCGGGGGUUGCGGUGGGGGGCAUGGUAAUAUUCUAGUUUCGGUUUUUCUUUAUACCUUCGUUUUAGUCGGUUUCGCCUUAGCCGGUCAGGGUCGGGAUGGAGUGACGGCGUCGGGCGUCUUUUGUCUUGUCUGGUUCUCCGUUUCAUUGCUGCUUGUCUGCGAGCGGAGCAGGCUGAAGCAAAGCUUUCUUUUUUCUGGUUGAGUUUCCGGCUCUUUUGUUCUUCUGUCCGGUUUAUUAUAGUGUUUAGUAGUGUGCCGUUCGAAGUUCGGGUUGGAUAAGAAAUAGUUUUGCGUGGCGGCAAGCGGGUUGAUGGCAUACCCGACACAGCCGCGGGAUUGUUGGGAGGCUCUCUCAGGGGCGGAGAGGGACACAGCUGGGUGGGUGUUGCCCGGCGGCCGAGAGCCUGUCGCGGCUCGCGAUAUCUGUAUAUAGAUACCUGACUGCAAGAGUAGGACAGUGUGUAUAAACCCAGUCAGUUACAAGGUUGGAUACCUAGCGCGCGAAUAAGCUGUGGUCUAUGUAGUCGUAUUAAUGGGCGCAUGGCGAUGUUUAUCUCUUGCGCGUGACAGUGCCCAGCUGAUGAAUUUGCUCCCUCAUCCC